GCCCGCGCCGGGGUGGUGGGGUACGGCGCCGGCGCGCGCAGCUGGUCUUCGACGAGACGUGGUGCGCGCGGCGGCUGCGACGCGACGGUGCGAGGAACGGAGGCAGACGCGGUACAGUGGUGCGGGCGUGGUGUGUGCUGGGAGGGAACGCCUGCGAGUGAACGAGAGCUGAUGCUGGGAUGAUGGGCCGAAAAUGACUCGGACUCUGAGAGAGGACUCUGACUCCGGUGGAUGUGAAAUGACUCUGGAGAGGUCGAGACGGUGACUCGAGGUCUCCGUUGUUGAGCGGACCGUGACCCCAUGAUGUGGUUCGCUGUGUGGAUGAUCAGCGGUUCUUAUUGAUUGGCUGGACUACAUAUGUGGAGAGCUGAGAGUGGACAGUUCUGACAGUGUGAAAGAGUGACUUCCUCUCUUUCUUGCAUCGACUUUAUGCGUGACCUUUAUAAGACACGAAAUACGGCUAGCACCAUUUUACUGUUUACUAUCUAGGACAAAGGGAAAACCUUUUUGGAGUUAAGAUUCUCGAAUUUGUGACAUCAAAUCGCCGGCGAACACUUUGCGUGGGCAUAUUUUUGCUCAAAAGUGCGCAAAAGUGACACACUGUCACACUGGUGACUCGUGAACGGCACCGACUUUCGCAAACGGUUGGGCGCCGAACAAGUGUUUCCGGUCGUCAAAAGAUGGCGCCCCAGUCGACACUGCUGCUGCUGAGCUGCCUGAGCUGUCUGCUGCUGGCCGUGCACGCCGCCUGGCAGGAGAACCUCCGGCCCAGGAGAUAUGUUCGUCUCGAUCGCUCCUCGACUCGCUCGUUCAGCGGCAACUUCACUGGUCGCGAUUAUUUCCGGAUGUUGUACAAAGAUGACCAAUAUCUCGUCAUUGGUGCAAGAGACGGGGCUUACAACAUCAGUCUCACAAACCUGGUGCCUGUAGCGAAACUCGACUGGCCGUCUAAUGCCUCGACAGUGGAGCUCUGCAAGCUCAAGGGCAAGCCUGAGGUCGACUGUCAGAACUACAUCCGCGUCCUGGCGAAGAAGGACGACGGUGGAUUGUUUGUGUGCGGAACGAACGCAUUCAGUCCCAUCUGCCGGCACUACCAGAUCACGCAGGGUCCACUCGGGUCGAGGAACUGUUCACGACCACCCUGGGACCGUCUGCGCGGUCUGCCCCUGUUUGCCCGGCUGGCUGGUAAUAAUAACGGGGGAACGACGGCUGCUCGUAAUCCCGAUACGGCCGGAUCGAAGGCUAGUUAUGCAGAUGGGUAUCAGCGCGUGGCAGCUCGCCUAACCAGAGGUGAACGGAUGCUCCGAACAGGCGACUGAGGCGGAUCCUGCUCAACUGAUACCGAUAUCCGUGUCUGUUUGGCUAUUUUGUUUGUUUGAUGGUCAGCGAAGUCUCCUUCUAAUGCGAGUUUGUCGUUUUUCUUUCCUAUUUCUCUCAGUUUUUUUUUUUUAUACGUUGGUAGACCAGCUCCUACUGGUAAAAUGUCCAACCCUUUAAUGGCUCAGGAAUACUGUUCUUAACCAGCUGCAGUGUCAUGUCUACAUCUUCCUCCAUUUGCUAGUUUCAGUAGGUACAAUGGACAGUACAAUAUCACAGUGCGACUAUAUAUGCGCCAGUGGUGCUACAUAGUUCUGUGGCCCUUCAUGGCAUAGCUAAUGGCAACUGCUGCUCUUCUUGGAUUGUGCUACAUGCUACGUGUAACAUGUGCCAGUCCCGUGUCAUUGCUGCAUCUACAUGUGACAAUCUUUACCGCUACCAAUUGCAGUCUCCACUGCUACAUCACUGUAAAAAAAGUUUACCAACUAGUUAGUUAUCCGGCCACUUUUCACUAACCAUAGGCGUGUAAGCAAAACACGCAUUUCAUGACUAAGUGUGUUUUCAAUUACACGCAAAAGGUUGAAUAGCGUGUUUUGAAACACACCUCCUAGUUUUCGAAUAUUUGCCAGGUUACUAAGAUAAGCCGUGUAAGCGUGUUUAUUGACUAUCAUCGGUGUGUUUUGUUAAUAACUACAGACGUGUUAGGUAACACAUGUGUUUGUCACACGGCCACUUUUCACUAGCUAUAUGCGUGUACGCAAAACACACAUAUUGCGUGUUAGCUAACUAAGCUGUGCGUGUUAAUAAACUAAAUGCAUUUUUGA